AUGAAUUUCACGAAAAACGUAUUCCCAAAAUACAAAAUCACAACAAUCACAUUCGAAGACACUGACAUGGCACUGACUGAAUGGACUUCGGAUAUUGUCACUGUAAAAAUAACCGACAUAUUUGUGAAAUUGCAACAAUUUUCAACAUUUACAUCACAAAACGGAGGCUUGACCAAUUGCUGGUUGGGGCCCCAUCUGUACUAUAUCAUUACAGAGCCGGUCAAGACUGAAGCGGUUUUAAAAAAUAAUUUGGAAAAAGACGAAACAAUUCGCUUCCUCCGCGCUCUUGUCGGCAAUGCCAGUAUAUUUGCACCGGUGCCAAUCUGGAAGCCACGACGAAAAGUUUCAGUGCCAGCGUUCAGUCCAAAGAUAAUAUCAAACUUCGUCAAAAUAUUUAUUGUCCAAAGUGAAAAAUUAGUAACAAAGCUUGCUCAAAGAGCUGGAACAGGCGACUUCGAAAUUUGGCCUUUUCUCAACGCAUACAGUCUUGAUGCUAUUUUGGAAUCUGCAAUGGGUGUUCAAAUAGAUGUGCAGGAUAAUUGUAACAAUGAAAUACUCACUGCUGUUAAUACAAAAAGAGUAAGGACGCUACUGGACCGCCUCAACAAUAUGCAUCUGAAGAUAGGUUUUACUAUAGAGGAAGAAAAAGAUGGAACUCUCCCAUUUUUGGAUGUACUAGUGAAACGCAAAUCCAGUGGAAGCCUGGUGCAUACGUUAUUUAGAAAACCCACACAUACCAAUCAGUACCUUAAAGCAGUUUCCCAUCACCUUUCGUCGCACUUGUCGUCUGUACCACGCACUCUCAGAGUCAGAAUAGAGACGCUUAGGGCAAGUGUUGGAGAGCAAUGGCUACAACUGGCGACAGAGUUAUCGACUGGCAAACACGACCAUCAAACAGCGGCCUCAACAUGUGGAGCGGGGCCCGGGAUAUCUACCAUAACUGAGAGGGGUAAAAUUCGGGACACUGGAUCUGAAACAACAUUUCUAGACCUCCUAAUAUCUAUGUCAGGUGGUGAUAGCGGCUAUACAGAAGUAGAGCUUCGUGAAGAGGUUCUCACCUUUCUCUUGGCUGCAACCGACACCUCAGCGGUGGCUAUGGGAUUUGUUCUAAAACUUGUUGGCAAAUAUCCCGAUGUACAAGAGAAAAUAUAUAGAGAGUUGCAAGAUGUGUUCGGAGAUAUGGAACGCCCAUUAGAGAAAGGUGACCUUCCAAAGCUACAAUAUCUUGAAAGAGUUAUUAAAGAAACGCUGAGGCUAUAUCCCUCAGUUCCAUUUAUUAUAAGGAAAGCUGAUACUGACACAGUUAUACCAGGCGAUACCUUAAUUCCUGAAGGUUCUGGAAUUCUGAUAAGCAUUUGGGGAAUACACAGAAAUCAAAACAUAUGGGGAUCUGAUGCAGAUUGUUUCGAUCCUGACAGAUUCUUGCCUGAACGUCUCAGUGGUCUACAUCCGUGCGCCUAUAUUCCAUUUAGUUAUGGACCCAGAAAUUGCCUUGGGUAUCAGUACGCAAUGAUGUCAAUUAAAACAACACUUUGUACAAUCUUACGACGUUAUAAGGUUAUCAGUAUUCCAGAGCCUACACCUAUACCUAACAUGAGAGUCAAAUUUGACAUCAUGCUGAAAGCUGUCGAUGAAUUCGUAGUUGCUUUAGAAAGUAGAUAA